AUGUACCGCUACCCUUUCUCGCACCCACCCUCGGUGCCCGCCGCCCACCUCGACUUCCUCCAGCGCUUCUACCAGGCCUCGGACAGGCCCGACGCCAUCGACGAGUACCUCUCGUUCCUCUCGCCCGACGUCGACUUCGUCAUGGGCCUCAACGCCGUCAACGGCCACGACGCAGUGCGACAGAUCCGCCAAAACAUGUGGGGCGGCGUCGUCGAGCGCGUUCACCGCCCUCGAGCCGUCUUUGCUGCGGGCGACGCCAGUGAGCUCAUGCUCCACGGCACGGUCAGCUACGGCUUGCGAGACGGCUCUCGAGUCGACAACGUCGGGUGGGCGGCGCUCGUCGUGUUUGCCGAGGGCGACCAGCUCAAGAUGCGGCGGUACCAGGUCUGGCUCGACGGCGCACCUCUUUCGAAGGCUCUCGCAGAACAGGCGGCAGGAGACCGGCAGACGUAG